GUUGUUCGUGACAGCAUUGGAACGUGUAUCGAAGUUAUUUUGUUGUCUGCGGAGGUUGUAUUAAUUGAACAUGUGCCGCAGCAUCAGUCGCUGAGGUCUGUAAUUGACAAUACGCAGGUUUCUUUAAAGCUUUGUAAAUCCUGACCAUCUUUAAAACCGUUCGCCGCAGCCAGGAUACUGUUCUGUGAUGCUGAGAAAUUGUUCUUGACUAAAAAAAAAAAAAACGGAACAUUUUGGUAGUUCCCAACUUUUGUAUCAGUUUGCUGCUACUUAUAGUCCCCUUUUGCAUUACUGGUCUUUAUUACAACUUCCGUUGAAUCUCUGUGCACCACAUAUCCUUGACCACUUUCCUGGACAAUUGAAUCAGUGUGGCGGUAAUUGGUGGCACCAGGAGAGAUGGCGUUGAGCGAGCUCACCUCCCGGGUGCUGAAUCUGUACGAUGCGAUGAUGCAAGAGGCGGACCGCAGGGUAGACGGCUGGCUGAUGAUGUCAUCGCCGGGCCCACAGACCAUCAUCAUCGUGUCGUACAUCUACUUUGUGAUGUCACUGGGGCCUCGGCUGAUGGAGAACCGGAAGCCCUAUGACCUGAAGCCCAUUCUGAUCGUCUACAACUUCUCCGUGGUGGCGCUCUCCCUCUACAUGUGCUACGAGUUCGUCAUGUCUGGCUGGGGGACAGGGUACUCUUUCCACUGUGACCUCGUGGACUACUCCAUGUCCCCGCAGGCCGUGCGGAUGGCCUCCAUCUGCUGGCUCUACUACUUCUCCAAAUUCAUUGAGAUGCUUGAUACAAUCUUCUUCGUCCUGCGGAAAAAGAACAGCCAGAUCACUUUCCUCCAUGUCUACCACCACGCCAUCAUGCCCUUCACCUGGUGGUUUGGAGUCAAGUUUGCCGGAGGUGGACUUGGUACCUUCCACGCCCUGCUCAACUGCAUUGUCCAUGUGAUCAUGUACACCUAUUAUGGCCUAUCUGCCUUAGGCCCCGCCUACCAGCGCUACCUGUGGUGGAAGAAACACCUGACUAGCAUCCAGUGUAUCCAGUUUGUGCUGGUCACCACGCACAUCGGCCAGUACUUCUUCAUGAAGGACUGCCCCUACCGCUUCCCCAUUUUCAUCUACAUCAUCGGCCUCUACGGCCUGGUCUUCCUCAUCCUCUUCCUCAACUUCUGGUACCACGCCUACACCAAGGGCAAGAGGCUUCCGAAGGUCCUGCUGAAUGGAUCUAAGGCAGGGGGCUACAAGCAAGAAUUGUGAUUUCCCCCCUGGACGACCUUCUCCGAACACUGGAAACUGUCGGCUGGUCGCACUUGCAUUCCGGGUCGAAGUUUUCCGGUUUUCCAGGAGGUUGUUUUUCCUCUCUCUUGAGCGUGCGUAAAACUAUACAUAUAUAUUUUUUAUAUAACGCUGUCUGUGAAUUGAACUGUAAUCUCUGUGAAUGUUGAAACAUUAUGAACGGUGGCUCCUGUUUCUUUUUUGGAGGGCUGGGUUGAAGUUGUCGGUUUGAGUCGCGUCGUCAGUGUGAGCGUUCUCUGGGUGGGGGGGUCGGGGGGGGUGAGGGGUGCUGGGAGUCUGUCAUUCAGACACCGUGUGUGGAUGCACCCCCACCCCCACCCCCACUCCCACCUGGAUGUCCCCCACUGAUGUCGCCCUUGAUUACCAUGGCAACAUUCUCCUCAUCAAAGGGGUAUAGCCUUACUGUUUGAAACAUCCAGAAAAAAAUUUAAAGAAAAAAAGCGCAAAAAAGAAAGGAAACCCUUUUGGUUGAAGCUGCUUUUUCAUACAUGUAUUUAUUGAGUUUUUAUAUAGUAUAUAUAUGGAGGGGGGGAAGAAAGAAAAACACUAAAGGCUUGUUUUCACCCUCCCAUUUUGAGCUCUGAGGUUUGACCAGAAUGAAAGCUGUUCAGAGCCCCUUUCCUGUCCUUGGAGGAACUCGGGGGGGAGCGUUAAUGUGCCCCCCGCGGCGAUUUAGGACAGGGAACAACGUGGCUCCGUAGCGUCCCGGGAUCGCGCGGCUGUUCCUGGGGGACGGGUGCAGCCCGGGACCGUACAGGUUUUAACCCUGCGGUGUCCAACACUCAUGAAUGUCUUUGCGUUCCUUUUUUUUUUCCUGAGACAUGAUACGGCGUUUAAAAACCUCAAAGGCCAAAAACCAAACAGAAACUGUGUAUUUAGUUUGUAUUUAUGUGCCAAUAAUAAAAAAAAAAUAUGAUAUGCA